CUCAUAUUUAAGGGCAUCAUUAGUGUGCCAUUAGUUAGCAAGCUUGUGGACUAGCUUUCUAGCUAGUUGAGUUGAGUAGGCUAGCGAACGUCAAUUUACUUUGAGUCUUAUGCAGGUGCAUUGGUUGGUUGUCCUAGCCAGUCUGAGUCAGUCAGUCACGUUAGACCAAGCUGGUAGCUGGUAGCUGGCAGUUGUAGUAACUUUAGUAUCAUUAAGAUUUAAUGCAUUCUCAUAUGGCAGCUGCAAGCCGUGACCAGUAAAGGCAUUGUGGGGUUAGAAUGGCUAAUAUCUGUUUAAGACUGGUUGCGCCCUGUGGCUAACACUGAAUUGUGGCUACUGGGCGCUCUAGGUCUCAGCAGGGGCAGAUAAGGGCGUUAAAUAGCCAGUCGGGCUAGCGCAAUAUAGCUGUUAUCAGACAGCCUUGACAGCUAACGUCACUAAGCUUGGGGAUCGAGGAUUAUUCGCUGGGUGUUUUUCAAACCAGUAGCUGCUAAGGUUACUCUAGUGUUUCACGUUUCAGGUUGUUGCUUCAGAAACACGGUGACAAACAGGCGAGUGGGUGUGGAGAUAUGAAUAAACCCAAAAUGUCUUCGGAGAAAGGUGUUCCCAGCAGCUCCAGGGUGCUGAUGUUGCUGGGCCAGCUAGAAAGAAUGAACGGAGAGGCCAUGCUGUCAGACGCAGAGAUCAGCCGGCAGAUCACCAGCAAGAUCUUGCACCUCAUCCAGACACAAGAGAAGACCAGGAAGGAGCUGACCACUAAGGGCUCUGGUGGAAUGGAGGUCAUCUUGGCCUCUCUGGAGAACACACGGGACCUGCAGACCAUCUUGAAUAUCCUGAACAUCCUGAAUGAACUGCUGAGUGUAGGUGGAGGCAGGAGGAUAGGAGUGUGUGUGAGUAAAGGUGGUACAGGUGUGCUACUGCAGCUGUUGAUCAGCUCCAGUAAGGAAUCUCCACCCAACGAGGAACUCAUGCUGCAUACUCAUUCACUGCUGGCCAAAAUAGGACCCAAAGAUGGAAUCCACUUGUUCUCAAGUCUGUUCCAAAAUGGAGGUGUUUGUGCCAUGUGUAUAUUGUAUCAUGAACACACUAAAAGCCUGGGACACAGUAGCUCAGAUAGGAAGUUUUGUGUGAAGGCUCGUCUGACCGGGGCUCUCAACGUGACAGUUAACCUCCUGAAGCAGAAUGUCCACAACCACAAGCUCCUGCUGCCAUGCCUACAAGUGCUGCGUGUCUACUCUGCCAACUCGGUGAAUUCAGUCUCAUUAGGAAAGAAUGGAGUUGUGGAGCUGAUGUUUAAAGUCAUUGGACCCUACAGCAAGAAGAACACCAGUGUCAUGAAAGUGGCGUUGGACACACUGGGAGCAUUGCUGAAAUCCAAGAUGAAUGCCCGGCGUGCCGUGGAGAGGGCUCAAGUUGCCACCCUGCUGGCCAUCUACCAGGACUGGCACCGCAACGAUACUCGCCACCGCCACACGCUCAUCCGCAAGAGCAUUCUGGGAUGCCUGAAGAACGUGACCAACAGCAAGCUGGGCAGGAAGGCCUUCAUCGAGGCGGACGGCAUGAGAAUCCUCUACAACACGUCCACUGAGUGCCUGCCUGUGCGGACUCUGGACUCGCUGGUGAGCACGUCCAGUCUGAUCAUGAGGAAGUGCUUCCCCAAGAAUCGGCUGCCGCUGCCCACCAUUAAGAGCGUGUACCAGCACGAUCUGCCCAAUGUGCCUGCAGGGGGCCCCGUGGCGCAGCUCUACAGCCAGCCCCCCGGGGUGGAUGACGUGGUGGAUGAGAGUGACGAUAACGAGGACAUGGAGCCGGACACUGAGAACGACACCGAGAACGAAGAGGACGAGAAGGACAAGGGACAGAAUGAUGACAUUGAGACAGACAUUGCCAAGCUGCGGCCUAGGCAGGUGCAGACACGGCCCUUUGAUGAGCUGAGGGUGUACGAACGCUUCUUUCUGGAAUUUUCAGAGGACUUUCAGGAUUUCGACUUGACCAAUUCCAAGGCGGGUGUCGGCGUGACGCCAGCCCCGCCCCUCCCCAAACCCCCCAAGCCAGUCAUGGUCCCCACGGGCCAAGGCCCUCCCAAAGGUCACCCCGAGGCCGAGCCCGAGCCCUCUCGGCUGGAGAAGGGCGAUCCGCGGCAGCCGGCGCCCCUGGAGCUGGAGAACAUUAGCCUGAGCCCCGCGCCGGAGAAGCUGCUCCAGGGAGAGAGCCCCAGCCCCAGCCCUGCGGCCCCACACCAGAGCCCUCUAACCCUGGGACAGACGGCCGCACCGCCACGGGCCCCCGAAGCCCUGGAGCUGGAGCUGAGCAGCAGCCUGAACCGGCUGGCCCUGGAUGGUGGUUGUGGUGGAGGAGGAGGGGGGGGCAGUGGCAGCAGUGGGACGGGCGGAGGCCCGGAGGACGGCGUGCUGGAGGUGCCCGACACGGCGGCGCUGCUGCCGCUGCACGACCCCGAGCUCUACGUGCAGAUGGCCAAGGGCACGCGCUCAGUGCCCAGCUACACGGAGGUGGCCUACCCAGACUACUGCGGACACCUGGCGCCCAGCACACCUGAGCCCAUCCUGGAGAGAGUGUACGGUGUACAGAGGACCAAGAUUUUUCAGGACAUUGAGCGUCUCAUCCACUCCAGUGACAUCCUGGAUAAAGUAGUUUAUGAUCUUGACCUACAGAGCUGUCCGGUCAUCGAUGACGGAGAGACGCUCAAGUUCAACUCCCAGUUUGAGUCUGGGAACCUGCGGAAGGCUGUGCAAGUCAGGAAGUUCGAGUAUGAUUUAAUCCUGAACUCCGACAUCAACAGUAAUCACUACCAUCAGUGGUUCUACUUUGAAGUGAGCAGCAUGCGGGUGGGAACACCAUAUCGCUUCAACAUCAUCAACUGUGAGAAGGCUAACAGCCAGUUCAACUAUGGUAUGCAGGUGCUGAUGUACUCUGUACAGGAGGCCAUCAGUGGACGGCCACAGUGGGGAAGAACUGGCCAAGACAUCUGCUACUACAAGAACCAUUUCUCCAGGAGUUCGAUCGCAACGGGCGGGCAGAAAGGCAAAUCUUACUACACUAUGACCUUCACUGUGACCUUCCAACACAAGGAUGACGUCUGUUACUUCGCCUAUCAUUACCCCUAUACCUACUCCACACUAAAGAUGCACCUGCAGAAGCUGCAGGAGAAGUGUGGUGACGGUGUGUACCUGCGGGAGGACGUGCUGUGUGAGACGCUGGGAGGAAACCCCUGUCCUCUGCUCACCAUCACCGCCAUGCCUGACAGCACCAGUCCAACGCACCUCAACCACCUCCGGAGCCGUCCGGUGGUGUUCCUGUCGGCGCGUGUGCACCCGGGCGAGACCAACGCCAGCUGGGUAAUGAAAGGCACACUGGAGUUCCUGACGGGCAACUCCCCCCUGGCACACAGUCUCCGGGCCUGCUACCUCUUCAAGAUCAUCCCCAUGCUCAACCCAGACGGGGUCAUUAACGGCAGUCACCGCUGCUCUCUCAGUGGAGAGGACCUAAAUCGCCAGUGGCAGCAGCCCAACCCUGAGUUGCACCCCACCAUCUUCCAUGCCAAGGGCCUGCUGCAAUAUCUCAACGCCAUCCAGAGGGCACCACUGGUGUUCUGUGAUUACCAUGGCCACUCCCGUAAGAAGAAUGUCUUCAUGUAUGGCUGCAGUCUCAAGGAGACAGUUUGGCAGACAAACAUCAACGCCCCCUCAUGUGAACUACACGAAGACCUGGGCUACAGGACGCUGCCGAAGCUGCUGUCCCAGCUGGCGCCGGCCUUCAGCAUGUCCAGCUGCAGCUUUGUGGUGGAGCGCAGCAAAGAGGCCACGGCUCGCGUGGUGGUGUGGAGGGAACUGGGCGUCCAGCGCAGCUACACCAUGGAGAGCACGCUCUGCGGCUGUGACCAGGGCAAAUACAAGGGUUUGCAGAUAGGCACACGUGAGUUGGAGGAGAUGGGGGCUCAGCUGUGUGUGGCGCUACUCCGACUGCACAGACUCACGUCGCCGCUGGAGCUGCACACACACUCUCACACACACACUCACCUGCUGGAGGCCGAGAACGAGCUCAUCGAGACGCACCGCUACCAUGUCAAUGUCACUACCAGCCCCACCACGUACGUGUUGGCCGAAGAUGAGCCGGUGCUGGAGGAGGUGGACUACAGCGCCGAGAGUGACACUGACCAUGACCUUCAAGACCCCGCCGAGCCGCUGUCCGACUCCGAGCUCAACGAUAGGGACGCGCUCAGCUGAACGUCCCCUCAGCCCCAACCUGAGCAUUCGCACAUUAUACACCCAGACUUGCCAGGACACCAAAACCAAACCCGCCGAUACUCACGCUGUCUGGCCCGCACUCCUGACCACCAUCAUCGUCCAGUAGCCCGGUUUUAACCCGAACACUCACCUCACCUUACUGCUCAGCCUUACUGGAACUCAGACUCAUGUGAUAACCUGAACAGGCUUAUCUAGGUACCUGAACACCUGAGCACCUGUGUUACUUGAACACCUCUGUAUCACCAGGUCAACUGACCACUUUUGCCUCACCUUUGAACACCUGAAUGGCCCUGUUACCAUGACAGGAUAGAACAACACGUAACUAUGAAUCAACAGUAUUCCAAACCAUGCGCACACACCAACACAUAUAUACUCUUAGAGUAUGACUGUAUGCAUAUUACAGACUGCAUAUUAGACCUGCUGCAGAAUUACACAAGUAGAACAUGUAGGACAUGUCCACACACAUGAAAUACAAAGAACAUGAAUGUACUAUAAAGCCUUUCACCCUCCUCUAAAGCCUAUAGAAGUGUACCCAUGCACUAAGCCAGGUCGGUAGGGCUCUCCUGCCAAGUGUUUUUCCUGAUGGGUCUAUGUUACUUCACGACAGUGAUUUGUGCACACAACACACACACACACAUACCUGUACUACUUUCUGUCUCUGCACCUAUCUUUGGGAGAUGAUGUCAUUGUAACAAUGUCCCCAUGGAGACGACAUGCCCGUGGAGAUAUUGUUGCUGUGGAGACGAUGUUCCAUUGGGAAAGGAUAUCUUUUUUUGUUUGUUUGUCUUUGUUUGUUUUAGCUGUAGAUAUUUUGGGUUGUUCUUGUACAGUAGUGCAUGGAUUCUCAAUGUUGCCUUUCUUAAUUUAUUUCUUUGUUUUAUUGAUUUUUGUGAUAAACCCCUGUGUCACCACGUCCAGUGAGAGUGUGAGAGUGACUGUAAAGUAAGCUAGCGUGCGUGUUUGUGGGAAAUGAUUGUUGGAAGUGCCCAAAUAUUUGUGUGGAGAGUAAUACACAAAAUAAAAUGUGAUGUUAGCUUUGAUGGCGCUACGUAACAUGUGAACGACGUCAGUGGAAUUAUGGGAAAUAAAAGCAGGAGACUGCCUGGCCACUGCUCAGCCUC